AUGAGGUUCAUUUGCCUACAUGGUGCUGGAACCAAUUCUCAUGUGCUCGACAUUCAGACUGGGCCAAUCCGCCAAGCAUUGGGUUCGAGUGAAAAGUUCGAAUUCGUGAAUGGGUUUCUUGAUGUGGAGCCGGUCGCACAAAUCAAAAACAUAUUCGCGGGCCCCUUUUUCACAUGGUAUUCACCAGGUUUCGGCGGUCAUACCCUGGAAGAGGCAAAAGCCGAUUUGAUGGACUUCAUUGAGACCGAGGGUCCCUUCGAUGCCUGUCUUGGAUUUUCUCAAGGGGGCAGCUUGCUAGCCUCCAUUAUUAUGGAUCAUCAAAGAAGAAAUCCAUUUGGUCCAAACCUGUUCAAACUUGCAGUCUUUCUAUGCUCUGGUGCCCCUCUUCUUGUCCCCAAAUCUCGGCAGCUACCAGAUGUCUCCACAGACCUUUGGUUAAUUGCGGAGUUGGAAUCACUCACUGAACCUUGGCUGGGUCCCUAUGUCCCAGGUCAUGAGCCCAUGUUGGACGAGUCAUGGAACGUCUUCAUACCGGACAAGGUCAACAAGGCCGGUCUCACCAUCAACAUACCCACCGCUCAUAUUUACGGGUCGAAAGAUGAAACGCUUGGUCUAAGUUUGAGACUACGAGACAUGUGUGAUCCGAGGUGGAGGGUAGAGCUGGACCAUGGGGGUGGACACGACGUGCCCAGGGCGCCACAUACCGUUCAGAUGAUGACGGCAGUUAUUCGACGAGCAAUUGAUCAUGCCCUGACUGCGCAAUAA